GCCCACCAAUCGGAAUAGACGUUCGCUUUGUAGUCAGGCAGACAUAACAAAGUUGUCCAAUCACAAAAAAAUCUCAAAGGGGAUUUUUGCUGUAUCUUGGCUCAGAUGGUGAUACUCAGCACUGGUUAGUUGGUCCAGAUGUCGGAGGACCAGCGGCACCAGCGGCCCGAAGCCUCCCGGCGGGGGGAGGGUGGGCUGGAGGCGGGGGAGGGCGACACCGAGCCCAGCAUGCUGCUGCAGAAACUCAAGAGCAACAUCUCUAAGAGUGUUCAGACCAAAGUGGAUCAGAUCCUGCAAGACGUUCAGCGUUUCUCCGACAACGACAAGCUGUACCUGUACCUCCAGCUGCCCUCAGGACCCAGCUCCGGAGACAAGAGCAGUGGAGACUCUAGUUCAUUCAACACAGCCGACCAGCUUCACACCUGUAACUGGAUCCGCAGUCACCUGGAGGAGCAUUCAGACACCUGCCUGCCCAAACAGGACGUCUACGAGACAUACAAACGUUACUGUGAGAACCUGCAGCAUCGUCCGCUGAGCGCCGCCAACUUUGGGAAGAUCAUCAGAGACAUUUUCCCGAACAUCAAGGCGCGGCGGCUCGGCGGCAGAGGACAGUCCAAGUACUGUUACAGCGGCAUCAGGAGGAAGACGGUGCUCAACAUGCCUCUGCUGCCCAACCUGGACCUGAAGAACGACCCGGCUGAGCUGACUGAGCUGGUCCAGACGUACAAACAGGAAGUGACAGAGGCGGCAUGCGAGCUGAUCUGUGAUUGGGCACAGAAGAUCCUGAAGCGUUCGUUCGACACAGUGGUGGAGAUCGCUCGCUACCUGAUCCAGGAGCACAUCGUCAAUCCUCGCUGCAGCCAGGCCGAGCUGGUCAGCUCCGCAGCGCUCGCAGGAGGUCCAGCCAAACCCCACAAGGUCAUCAAGAAAACUCCGGUCAUAUCUAAAGCAGAGAGCGACGGCGCCGCUGAUCAGAAGAGGGAAGCUGGAGACUCGUCCUGCUCGUCUGCGUUGAAGCCGCCGUCUGGAGACAAAUCAGCAUCAUCUGCCAAACCUUCCUCUCUGGAUGCUCCGCCUCCUCCCUCCUCUUCCUCCUCCUCUUCUCUGCGUCCUGCGGUGGAGGCCUUCAUGAAGCAGUUACCCAGAAUCCUCCCUCGCAGCUCCAUCCCUGAUAAGACGCUCUCGGUCCGAUCCUCUCCGCCCUCGCUGGCGCCCAAAGAUGCCUCAGGUGUCGGGGGGGCGUCGGGACCGGGAGGCCCAGCUGCCGCCGCCGCCGCCAGCGGUGGUGGGGUGAAGGUCAUCGCCAUGGCAACGCUGCCCCAGCAGCAGGGCGGGCCAGUCCCGGUGAUGAUCCUGCCUCAGGGCUGUCUGUCGUACGAGAGGGAGAAGGUCGCUCCGCCCCCGCCGCCACAGCCUGCUCCUCCACAGCAGCAGCACGCCCCCGCAGCGCCCACAUCUGUGGUCCAGAAAGCUCGAGGGAACGCCAGCAAGCGCCCGCUGGAGGUGGUGACGUCAGGCGGACUGGGCAUGCCCAGUAGCUCUGCCACCAACGCUCCUCCGGUAAAACGGAAACGUGGCCGACCAAGAAAACCUCGACCAGAAGACGCCCUGCCUGCUCCUCCUGCUGCUCUUCCUUCCCAGCCUCCACCUCCUGCUCCUCCCUCCCAUCCCCCCAUCAUCACCUCCCUGACCGGCGGCGUCAUCCAGAAAGCCUCUUCCUCCUCGUCUGCGUCGGCGGCACAGCCCAUGCUGGAGCUGGUCAUCCAGGAGCAGCCGGGGCUGGUUCUGAGUCAGCUGCCGGCGGUGUCAGAAGCGGGUCACCGGCUGAUGGAGCACCGCGGGGUGGUGGUGCAGUGCCAGCCCGGCGGGGCGCCUGAGCCGGACCGCCACGGCCGGCCGCUGCUGCUGUUCCAGAACCCCAGCUGGGAGCUGGCGGCGGCAGGGCGGACGCCGAUGGUCGAGGUCAUCCAGAAAGCUCCGAGACCGAGCAAUAACAACAGCAGCAGCGCUCCUCCACCUGCAGCUCACCUUCAUCCUCCUCUCCCUCUGCCCACGCUACACGAGGAGCGGGGGGAGGUGGAGAUAACGCUGACGCCGGUGGAGCUGCACGUCAGCCCGCAGCCUUCCUCCUCCACCUCUUCUUCUUCUUCUGCAGCUCCUGCCGUCUCUUCCGUCACAGCAGUGAAAAGUGAGGAGGAGGAGGAGGCGGCUGACAGCAGCACCUCCUCAAAGAGAGAGGGACACUAGCUCUUCACUCUUCUUCCUCCUUCGACACUCCUCGUCUUUUUUAUCAGCCCUCACUCAGCUUUUACCUCACCUGCAACAAAGCCCCGCCCCCUGACCUCUCCUCUUCCUUAUUGGUGGAAAUCCCAGAUUGGCAACAGCAGAGAGCCAAUCGACGAGGAUAAAUGAAGCCAAAACCUCGACACGCUAUCCUUCCAUCGGCUCCCAUUGCACUUGUAAACAGACUGGAGGCUGUUAGAAACCUGCAUGUGUGUCUGUGAGUCCUCUGAGGCUGAAACCUGAAAUAACACCUUCCGCUCUUCCUUCCUUUCCUCCUCCUCCCUCGCCUCCUUGUAUCCUUCACCUCCAGAUUUCUCAUUUCCUGUUGACUCGUCUGCUGCGGCGCCUCCGCUGAUUAACGCACAUCAGAUUCAUCGGUUUAUAGAAAACAAACACAGAUAAAAGAGAACUUGAUAUAAAGGAAGGAGGGAAGAUGAAAGAAAAGAGGAAGAAGGAAAGGAGACAAUAUUCAGAGUUGAAUCAGGCCUCAGACGGAGUUCAGCCUGAAGUCGAUAGAUACAGUAGGUACUACGGGUCAGAGCCUUGAAAAGGUUCUUUGUACUAAAUACGGAAAAAUGACCUCUUGAAGCAGAGCUCGGCCUCGAUCCACCUUCAGUCCAGUUCAGGAAAAAGUAUUUGUGGAUGUAAUGAGAGCUGCAAACGUUGGGAUCAACGGCAAUAAAAUAGAUUAUUUUCAAGCCCUUGACAAGUUCAGUAACUCAACAAAAAGACGUAGAGACGAAGUGCAGCUGGAAAAAACAGUUUUCACUUUGAAUUUUGGAUUGAAUGUGAAUUGAAGCUUCAGCUCUGCUGUUCUAAACAGCUUUGGUUUGUUGUGUUUUUAUCAGUGUUUGUUAGUAGAUGUUUCUGAUCGUUCUCUGUGUGUGUGUGUGUGUGUGUGUGUGUGUGUGUGUGUGUGUGUGUGUGUGUGUGUGUAAGAGAGAGAAAAAGUUAAAAUCUCAAAGCUCUCUUAAUGACCCGUUACCCAAAAAUGUUGCGUAAAAUGAGCCUUUUUUCAUAUAAAAUUUGAGAUAUUUUCACAUUUAUUUAUUAUUUCAGGUUAUUUAUCAGAAACGCCUUCUGGCCGAUGGUCAUAUUGCAUCAUUUGGUCGUUGUAUUAAAUUUCAGUGAGUUUUAAUUAGUUUUUAAAUAAAAACCUUUCAGUAACAAAGUCGCAGAGAAAAACAUCACGUCGGGUCAUCGACUGUAAUUUAAAGGACAGGUUCAGAUUCUAACACUCACAUGCUAAAUGUCCACUGGGAGAGUUGUUUCUGUACUGGAAGUGACUGAAGUUCAGCUGAAAUCAAACAGAUCAAGUAUCUCCGUUUAUUGUCUAUUUAUCCCGACAACAAAACCUCGACGUGACGACGAGGUCGUCUCCCUCCAAUCACGGCUCAGCAAAGGAAACACAAAGAGGGAAGUUGGUGCAGAAAAGCUUGAUGAAUGUAAGUCAGACUGUUGAGGCUUCAGCUGAACUUUAGAACAAGGACGGUGGAUUUAGUCGAAGGGAUCAUUUCAUAGUCAGUAUUGAUGAUUACAGACUCUCAACUUUGCAUGGACACACAGCUCGUGAGUGUUGUGUUAAGACGGUACUUUAAAUACUUUACUUAAGAUGUAAAGUACUUUAAAUGUGUGUUGUCCCCUUCUGCUGCCUGGUGACCAGUGAAGCUGGAUAUUAUUAGAAAUUUUUCAAUACUAGUGCCGAUAAGACACCUGAGCUCUGGCAGAGAUACCAAACCGACCUGCAGGACUUCUUACUUUGAGAAAUAUCAUCAAGCCAAACUUCUCAAAUGUCAGCCAUACAGGAACUUUGACUAAAUAAAAUGCAGUUUUAACUGGAAACAUUAUGAAUUAAAUCCGUACUCGGUCCAAAGCACCGAGUACGGAUUUAAUUUGAUCGGCACCAAAAAAGUAUUUACGUUUGAUAUCCAGUCCUUUGACCACAGCGAGACCCGGCGGUGUUUUAAGACCUGAUUUUUCAUUUGAAAUUUGAAGUUUACCCCAAGUUUUCUUGACGUGAGACGCCAAACUUAUUAGCACUUAUUUGGCCCAAAAAUGUCCGCCCCCUCAGCAGAGCUCAGAUCACAUCUUCAUUGACAUUUGUGUCCCAGCAGCCUCUGCCUCUGAUUGGCUCUGACUCUGAUAUUUUACCAUAAACCUAACCAACGAAGGCAACGAGCACUAGCCAAUCAGAGGCAGGGAAGGGCGGGUCUUCGCGGAAUGUGUGUGUGGGAAAAGAAAUAACGGCGCCGGGACACAAACGUCAGUGAAGACGUGAUCAUUUGUGGUGACAUGCAGGUCGAAUCAUAGCCUUCGCGGUAAAACCGGUCACAGAAACAGGGAGGAAACAGUUUGAAGUUUGUUCUUUCCUGUUAAAGAAAAUGGCGUCAGCUCA